AUGAACAACAGCAAACAAGCAUCACCUUUACCGCCGCUUAUAUCUCCGCUAGCUCAUUCAUAUGCACCUUCGCCACCACUUCCAAUUCCUCCAUCAUCUCCAGCAUUUGCCCCUCCAAUUCCAAAAGGUACCAAUCAACAGUCGCAAUAUGAUUGCUUAAAAAACUUAUGCAAACAGCACUUAGGCAUUUUCAAUAACAUUUGA